AUUGAUUUGGUUCAUUGUUAUGAUAAAAUGUUCAUCAUUUAUUCUAACCUAAAAGAUAUCUUAGGCUUAAAUAAAAUGUGAUUUUUGUUUAUUAGGUAGGUACUUAGAAUAUUAUAUUAUAUAACUGAUUUACCUAUAAUGUUAAAAUUUGUUAAUAAUUAUUUUUGUUAUUAAAAGCUAUAUUUUUGUUACAUGCCCAUACAAUUAAAUCAACUGUCAAGUUAUCAAAUUACACAAAUAUGUGAUUUAAUUUAUUUGAUUAUACUUUUAUCUGUCAGUUCUGGUAAAUAUUUACUUGGUUUCGCUCAUUAAAAUUGUGUGUUGUACUCAAUACGCUAUAAAAACAUAUAUUUCAAUUGUUGGAAAUUGUAUAUACCCCACACAAAAUUAAGGAUUUUUGUUAAGAAGAAGAGUUAUGAGAGCAGUGAAAAAUGGAAUCUUUUUUUUUUUACUGUCGAAGAUUCUUGCUGUGGAUUGUAAAACCACUACAAAUUCGGUACAGUUUAAUGGACAAAAUUCAGGAGCUCCUAACUCUUGGAUUGGUCAACCAGUUACUCCAGAGGCCACAAAUUAUUACAAUUCAAUAAGCCCUUACCCACCACAAAGUACUUACUUGAAUAACAAUAAUAAUCAACAACCCAUAAAUUAUGGGCAACCCUCGCCCAUGCCUCAACCGUAUAAUAUGCAACACCACUUAAAUACGCCGCAACAAUCAACUAUACCACAGCAGUUCAUACCUCAAGAACAAAACUUUUAUCAGACUCAAGAGGUGAAAAAAUUUCAGCCGCCUUUAACGGAAACGCCUCAAAUACCUCAGCCAAAUCCAAAUCCAAUGCUUCAAAUUCAAUCAAAUGCACCACAGUCAUUACCUCCAGGCUCAUUCAACUCCAACAGUGAAUCCGGGCAUCAACAGCCAAUUAAUAUGCAAUACCCAACGCUUAACCAGAAUGUGAACACUGAAUUUAAACAGCCUGUAAUAAAUCAGAACAAUGAAAACCAACAGUCACUGGUAUCACCACCAUAUAAUUUACCCCCACAGGGUGGACAAGGGGCAUCCCAGUCUUUUGGAACAAUUAAACCUUCGCCGCCGAACGAAUACCAGAAACAACCGCUUACUAGUUUAGAUCACCCAAUACCCGAGGAAUUACCAGAUUUUGGCGAAUCACCAGACUUUGGCCAAGUUAUGAAUAACGAUAAAAAACAAGAAAAUAAGCCAGAACAGGUUCCUUCAAAUAUAGUCCCACAGUUAUCACAACAAACUUCGUUUAAUUCUAAAUCAGACAUUCCUACCAAUACGUUACUUCCACCGACACAAACUCAAUUAAAUUUACCACAAUUAAAUCCUUCAAUUCCUUCUAACUCAAAUACAAUUUUACUCCCUCAAAUUCCAUCACAAUUUCCUUCAAAUCCACCGGAUAAAGUAUCAUCAACGCCUAAUGAAAAUACUAUGGAUAUAAAAGAUGGGGUAUUGCUUAAUCCUCAAUCAGAUUUUUUGGAUGGUAAAAUUAUUCCACCAAAUUUACUUCCACAAGCGGAAAUUCAAUUACCAUUGCUAUCACAAUCAUCUUUGGAAUUAUUAGAUAAAGGUCUUCCAACACCUAGUAAAAAUACUAUGGAAGUUGAAUAUAGUGAGCCAAUUGAUUCUAAAUUAGAUAUUCCGAACAGUGUAUAUCUUCCACCAACAGAAAAUCAAUUAAAUUUACCACAAUCUUCUACUUCAGUUCCUCCUAUCUCAAAUCAAGUGCCAUCGCCAUCAUCUUCAGAAUUAUUGGAUAAAGGUCCUCCAACCCCUAAUACAAAUACUAUGCAAGAUACAAAUGACGGUGUGUCAUUGAAUUCCAUAUCAGGAUUUCCGGAUAGUAAACCAGAGCCACUUAUUAGCAAUGUUGUGCAAAAUGAAAACAUUUUGAUAGAUAAUUCACAAACAGAUAUGCAAACAUUUUUAGAACCUGAAAAUAAUAAAAGCCCGAGUCCACUUAAUAAUGUUUCGGAAAAUCAAGAUGAUUCUCCAUUAGAAUUGAAUGAUACACCACCACAAUUACUAACAGAUAAUACGCAAGUAGAAAACGUUGUGAUAAAUAAUCCACAACAAGAUGAUUCAAAAAAAGAUAUCAGUUUAAAUGAGGAUGCACAAAAGUUACAAAAUGCAUUGAAUGAAAGUCCAUUGCCUGCAAAUGUUAUAGAUACACAGUUAAAGCAAGAACCAAUAUUAGAAAAAACAAACCCUGAGUUACCAGUUGUUCCAUUUAAAAAAGACAAUGAAUUAUUUUCAUUGGAAAAUUUAGUAUUUGACGAACCAUUAGAUGAUGGACUACGCAAGUACGAUCAAUCAUUGAUUGUAGACACAGAAAAUCUCGAAAACAUAAAACAGAACAAUGGCAAAAACCGUGUGUUCGCUAAUCCUAAUGAUGUCCAUACCCUUCUAAUAGCUCCUACACAGUCAUCAACUAGUGAUAAUAGUUAUCCAAAUAAUAAUAAUUUAUUAAAUUCUUCACCGACUAAUAUACCAUGGUAUAAUCCCUCAUUUUCAAAUAUAGUUGACUAUGUUCAACAACCGUAUUUUAAUGCUUAUAAUCAACUACUUAGUACAUUAUUAAAUGUUUAUCAAAAUCCAUUAUAUUAUAAUCAAAUCCCUAUGUACCCGUCAAAUAAUAAUUAUUAUAAUCAACCAAACGCUUAUUCUGCUGUUGGUCAAAAUCAGAUGUCAUCUAAGAUAAAAUUACCUAGUAGUUCGCUAAAUGACAACCAACCAAGCUCUAAGGACAAUAGUGGAUGUAUUUACAAGAAAGUAGAUUUAAGGAACCCUCCUCCGAAUAUUUCUAACUCGUGGUUAUUAUCAAAUAAAGAUUACACAAAGAAUUCAAACCCAAAUGACGGAUAUACAAGUUAUGACGGUAAGACAAGCACAAGUAUCUUUGGAACGCCAUCGAUGUCAUACCAAAAUAAUAACCAAGGAAUUAUAAAUUUUCCUUUAAACGAUAUGUCUGUAUACAAUUUUAUAUCCAUGAUUUCAGAGUCGGUUCAUAUACCGUUUGUUAGGAUUAAAGCAAUAUUUGACGUAACACGUGCGAAUUUCCCGCGUGCCCAAUUGAUUGAUGUUAUUCGCUUAACAUAUGCUGUAGUACAAUCCGCGAUGCGCAGUCUUCAACAGACUUUGGAUACGGUUAGGAACACUUUAUACGGUCGUCUAUCUAAACGAGAUUUCAGUCCUUCUGGUGUCUUGCAUAAUUUACCAGGCGCUCUGAUUGACAAAUACUCCCAGCAAUCUACCACUAAGCCGACGGCAAAAGAUACGAAUAUACCAUACUAUACUCAGCCGGAUAAAACAGAUUCCUUCAUAGGUCAACAGUCGAUGCAACAGCAACAGCAGACGUACUACGGUGGCGCAACCAACAUGAAUUACUACGGAUCUCAAGAUUAUAAUAAUAACAUAGGAUUCUUGCCACAACCAGUGAACACUCAAAAUUACGUUUUCAACGCUUUAGUUGAAGCAAUCACCGCUGCAAUACGUUCAAAUGUGCCUGAUCCAUACUCAAUCGACACCCCAGAGGUAAAAGAAUACACCCAUCAAGUAAUCGUCACCGUUGAAAUAGUAUUCAAAAACCAGAUUGAUAACGUACGUAAUGGACGUCCACUAUCAAUGAAUGUAUAAUAGAAAAUAAUAAAUCAAUUACAUUCGUUUUACUUGAAUAUUUUCAUUUAUUUUACAAGUAAACAAUUACAUAAACAUGAUGCUGUAUAAUUUUUUAAAAAAAAAGUACAAUUGUUAAGUAAUGUAAGGCACAAGUGUAAGGCACUUUUGUUUGUAUACACAAUAAACAAUUAGUCAAACA